UCCCGGACGUCCUCUUCCGGAACAAACCUGUGCUCCGGAAGCAGUUGUUAGUUGAGGGCCUUUGGGCUCGUUACGGAGACUGCGGGGGUCCUAUCGCCAUGUUCCUGUCCGCGGUCUCCUUUGCCAAGAGCAAGUCAAAAACCAUCCUGGUGAAAAUGAUGAGCCAAGCUGGGACAGGUUUCUCCUUCAACACUAAGAGAAGCCGACUGCGGGAGAAACUGACUCUAUUGCAUUAUGAUCCAGUUGUGAGAAAAAAAGUCCUCUUUGUGGAACAGAAAAAAAUACGCUCCCUCUAAACAAUGGAUUGAAAAUGAAUUUGAUUUAUAAAUAAGAAGACUGAGGGCGGGACACUGAUUCAGAAAUUCUGGAGCAUGUAAUAAAAGAAGAGGAAAUGGCACGGAAUCACUGCCUCCUGUGAUUUGAAGGCCAUUGUGAAGGAAAACAAUGCAGUGAAAGAAAGUUCUUCAUAUUAGGACAUAUAUCAUUGCAUCACAUUUAUUUAUCUUUCUGGAUAUUUUUAUAGCCCUUAAUAAAACAUUAAAAUAG